AAGGGGCCCUGGCAGGAAAAGGAAGCAGGCCGUCCUUAAAGGGGCAUCAGCCAAUAUUUAUUUAAUUCAUUUAUUUAUAUUUAAAAGCCGCUCUCUUCCCUCUCCGAUGUUGUUAACGUCCCCAACAGAAGAGUAGGCUCGGGGAAGCCGGGCGUAACCGGAGCAGCGGGGCUCGCUGCUGGAGACGGCAGCUCCUACCCAUCGGAAGGCCAGGUGUGCGUGAGCUGCGCCCAGGGGUGUCCCGCGCCCCGGUGCCCUGCGGGGUCGCGCGGGGGAACUGGGCCCAGGGCUCAGGUGGAGCGGCCGAUGCCCCGGGCUGAAAGGUGAGACUGGGACAAGCUCUUGCACCUCCAGAGCUGGGCCGGGCCGACCAGGGGAGCCGCCAAGAUGCCCGAGGAAAAUAUUUUCCUGUUCGUGCCUAACCUUAUCGGUUAUGCCCGGAUUGUCUUCGCCAUCAUUUCCUUCUACUUCAUGCCCUGCUGCCCCUUCACGGCCUCCUCCUUCUAUCUACUCAGCGGACUUCUAGAUGCUUUUGAUGGACACGCAGCGCGAGCCCUUAAUCAAGGAACCCGGUUUGGGGCCAUGCUCGACAUGCUGACGGACCGUUGCUCCACUAUGUGUCUCUUGGUCAACCUGGCCCUGCUGUACCCACGAGCUACCCUUCUCUUCCAGCUCAGCAUGAGCUUGGACGUGGCCAGUCACUGGCUGCAUCUGCACAGUUCUGUGGUGCGAGGCAGUGAGAGCCACAAGAUGAUUGACCUGUCUGGGAACCCUGUGCUUCGGAUCUACUACACCUCUAGGCCUGCUCUGUUCACCCUGUGUGCUGGAAAUGAACUCUUCUACUGCCUCCUGUACCUGUUCAAUUUCUCCGAGGGACCACUAGUUGGCUCUGUGGGGCUUUUCCGAAUGGGCCUCUGGAUCACAGCUCCCAUCGCCCUGCUCAAGUCCAUCAUUAGUGUCAUCCACCUCAUCACGGCUGCAAGAAACAUGGCUGCCCUGGAUGCGGCAGACCGUGCCAAGAAGAAAUGACCCUCUCCCGUCCCCAGCUGCCUACCUGCCUGCCCUUGGUAUCUGCCGUGCCACGUGGCUCCUCUCCUCCUCCUAAGGGUCCCAGUGUCAUGUCUUUCUCAUGUGUUCUCUAACCUGCUGGGGUUGGGGGGGGUCACCCUCUGUUUGGUGUUGUUACUAGCUCUUUAAUCCUGAGGACUGGACCCAACCUGUGACCCCAAGGACCUGGCACUGCAAAGCAGGAAGGGUGCUCGGGAGGCCCCGCCCAUCCAGCUGGUGCUCCAGGAGGCCUGUCUGAGAGUUGGAUGUUACCACACAUCCUGCUGGCUCAGCCCUGGGGUCUGGCCCGAUGAGAUUUUGGGGAGACAUGAGGGAGGGAGAUGUAUGGGUCCCAGGUUCCCUGGGAGGCAGAGGAGUCAGACUGAUAUUAUUGGGCCAAGGAACCCUGGGAUACCAGGCCAUGGAGAGAAGAGGCCAGGGGCCAGCUAGAUCCUUCCCUGAGGCAAACUCCUCUGUCCUUUCCUCUGGCUCUGGAAGCCUCCAUAAUAAAGGAGGGACCUUCACUA